GUCAGCUGAUGGGAAUGAAACUUUUACAGCACUGGCAAAUCGCCGGUAAACUCAUGUGGCUCUCAUUUGUUUUGAUUUCUCGGUUACAUAUUACUAAGCUAAUUAGAAGUUAAUAUGAAUUUUUCAUUGAAAUUCACAACGAGAAAUCUAGUGCCACGACUGCAUCGAUUCACCAGUAAGAUUGCCGUGGAUGUGGAGCCAGCUGUGGUCUCUGCCCUGGAACAUGCCACCCUGAAGCCCAGGAAGCAUCCCGGAGUAGUGAGACCCAAUCAUGUGGAGCUACCAAAACAAUUGAAUGAUACGCUAAAGCGCAUCGUGGGGGAUCACCCCGUCAAGAAACUAAUUCAUGAUGGCCAGCAGCUCAACUCAUACAUUAAAUCUCGUCAUCCACCACCCACUCUGGAAGAGAUUGAGAACAAGAAACGCAUCGUUAUCGAAGAGGUCAACACAAAGAUGCCUCUGGAUCGCCUAGCUACACUCGACGAAGACGAGGCGGAGCGCUGGAGGCGCAAGCGGGAGCUGGAGAUCAACAAGAGGCUGGGCCAGCGUAUCUACGCCUGGAAGCGAAUAGAAUAUGGAGCAUACGAGUCGCUUGUGUACGCCAUAGCUCGUGGUGCCCAGGAGUACGCCGUGUUGAAGCGCGUCCUCACGGAGCUGGCGCAGCGGGAUGAACAGUUUCGGCCACGAAGCUUCUUUGACUUCGGAUCCGGCGUUGGAACCGGCAUGUGGGUGGCCAGCGAACUGUGGCGCGAAGACAUUUUCGAGUACUACAACGUGGACAGGUCCAGGGAGAUGAAUGAGAUAUCUGAGCUCAUACUACGCGAUGGCCAUGAGAACAAGCAAAUAGCCCUGCGCAAUGUAUUUUAUCGACAGUUCCUGCCCGCCAUCGAAACCAAUUAUGAUCUAGUCAUUAUAUCUCAUACCCUUUUUGAGUUGGAGAACAAAGAGCAGCGAGAGGAUGUGCUGCGGAAUCUGUGGCGGAAGUGCGAUGGCUACCUGGUCAUUGUGGAGGAGGGAACGCGCCGUGGCAGCGAGUUAGUCAACGAGGCUAGACAAUUUUUGUUGGAACAGGAACAAGAAGGUCACACUGUGGCACCAUGUCCGCAUGACAUGGUCUGUCCUCGACUUCGGGAUCUGGCUGAUCGAACGCCCUGCAAUUUUCCCAUCUCCUACGCUCCCCUGCGUUUGGGUAGCGACUCAUUGGCGGACCGCCACACGUCCCUCUACAGUUAUGCCAUCCUAAAGAAGGGUUCCCAAUCCGAUAGCUCAAGCUCGUGGCCACGCAUUGUGCGUCCCACUUUGGUAAGGUCAAAGCAUGCCAUCUGUCGGCUCUGUACAGAAAAGGGCAAUCUCCAAGAGGUCAUCUUCACGAAGUCCAAGCACGGAAAAUCCGCCUAUUCCUGUGCAAAAGUGAGUCGAUGGGGUGAUCGUUUACCUAUGUCGCUGGGACAGCCGCAAAUCAAACCAGAAUCAAACGAAUCAGAGGAACCACCUGUUUUGGCGUAGCUUAAGAUGUUGAACCAAUUAUAUUAGGCAUAAAGUCACGACCUGAAGUUAAUUGAUACUAAAACUGGCAUCCAAUUAGCUGGCUUAAUUAUGUGCAAACAAAUCGUUGCGGGUGGAGCUGAAUUUAAUUAAACAGUUGCAUUUAAAUUAACCAUACACAAUCCAAAUGGCAAGCGAGCAUGCUCAUUGAUACUAAAUUUUGUUCAACGGCCAACACACCCUCACCUAGAUUUUAAUGUAUGGCAAGACAAAAGGCGGAUGCGACUGCGGAUGGGUUGGCCCCGCCGGUUUGGAUCGUUGUGUUUUGAGUUUAAGUCUUGAAUUUAAAAACGUAUUUCAUUUGUACCAUAAUGUUGUUAAAUACAUAUUUAAAUACCCAAAUACUAGUUUUGGCAAAUCAAAGA